AUGGAAGUCGUAUACGCGCGAGUGCUUGAGGAGCCGGCGCAUCGGCUAUUGGAUGGAUCGCUCCGCCAUUUGGGCGUCUGGAGCGAAAGUGCGCUGGACGGAGAUUCCGCGCACAGCCAUUUAGCACCGUUCGACAGUCCCAGCAUUCCUCAUAUUCUGGGAAGUGGCGAGGGCAUCGCGGUGGAGAGCCUGGAGGUAAAUCUAGGCAUACUGGUCCAAGAACUGGAGCAAGCAGAACGCACGGCGCCCGCUGCAGAAAUCGGCGUCCCCCAAUCGAUCCGCCGUCUUAUCCUACGACAUAGCACUUUCAUCGACGCCGCCGAAGAGUCUGGGCACGUGGAAACAAUACUGGACUACCUUCAGAUCAGGGUCCGGGAAUUCAGACAGUUUCCGGAGCUGAGAAUUGUCGAGCUGGAGAUACCUCAACGUCUGCACACCAAGGCCGAUGUGUACCAGGAGAGCUUUGAGAAGCUCGGUGUGCAGUUGAGAGUGCGCUUCGUCACUUGA